GGAGGUCAAUCGCUAUUUCAACCCGACCACACCCAUCUUUCUACUUCCCUUUUCCCUCACCACCGUGCGCUUGCUCUCGUGUCAAUACAAAGGAAAAUACAAUCAAAGUUUCCAACGUUACGCCGAACCAGAAAAAUAACUCCAACAGAGACUCAAAUCAAUCGAUCAUGCGUGUCGCCUCUCCUUUUGGCUUUGCUCUCUGCGCCCUAGUCGCCACCGCUUUUGCUCAGGAUGUGGUUGAGAUUGUUAAGCAGAAGCAAAUUGAGUGCGAGAGAAAGACCGUGAAAGGUGACACUAUCAAUGUUCACUACCGAGGUACCCUCAAGGAGACUGGCGAUCAAUUCGAUGCUUCCUACGACCGUGGCCAACCAUUCACUUUCACUCUCGGCGAAAACAGAGUUAUCCAGGGAUGGGAGAGGGGCUUGCUGGACAUGUGUAUUGGGGAGAAGCGGAAGUUGAUUAUCCCAUUCUCACUUGCGUACGGCGCUGGUGGAAUGCCACCUGUUAUUCCGGCAAAGUCGGACCUAGUUUUCGAGACAGAGCUUUUAGGAAUCCAAGGGUUCAAUCCUGAGAAGCAGGAAUUGUAGAUGACUUUCCUGUAUUGCUUUUUAUCUCCCUUUUGUCUUGACCUCCUCGAGACACACGAUGGUGAAUGCCUGUAGCAUGCCUCCGUUAAUUGAAAUAUCGGUUAUGUUCACUGGCGUUCAGUAUGGCUACACCGGUGUUUACUUUAUCCUAGGACAAUGAGUCAUGGCGAGGGACACUGUAUCUGUUAUUAUUCUACCAAUGGAGUGUUCAACUUUUAUUUUACCCAUA